AUGGGAGUCCCAUCUACAUACGAAAAUCAAGCAGCCUGGAAAGGUAUCCAAGGAUUCCUCCCUCAGCGUCUGUCAUUCACCAAAGACCACUCUCCCGCCGAGGAAUGGUGGGAAAACCGCGGCCACAAAAUUCAUUUGGACCGAUGGAGGAACCCCACAGCCAAAGUACGUGUGAUUUUUCACCAUGGGGUUGGCACUAAUGGGCGCCAAAUGUCCAUGAUUCUGGGCGUGCCUUUGCAUGCCGCAGGGUUUGAGUUGGUGGCCAUCGACAUGCCAGGGUAUGGAUGCACCCAGACCGCUCGGGGCACGACUGUCUCCUAUGACGAUUGGGUACAUAUCGCAAAUGAUUUCAUCGAUUCCGAGCUGGAGCGUGAUCCUCGUCCCAUCGUGCUUUACGGUCUCAGUGCUGGCGGGAUGCUGACCUAUCACGUGGCCGCGUUGAAUAAGAAAGUUAAAGGUAUUAUCGGCAUGACGUUCCUGGACCAACGCAUCCAACAGGUUCGCGACGAGACGGCUAGGAACGUCCUGAUAAGUAGGAUUGGGAUCCCUCUUGCCCGGUUGUGCGACAUUCCGCUCCUGAGAUCGCUGUCUAUACCCAUGUGGCUCGCCAGUAAAAUGUCGACUCUAGUAAACAACCCCGAUGCCCUCAAGGUUUGUCUUGCGGACCGGUCCUCUGCUGGCUCAUGGGCGACAAUGCACUUCCUAUCUACAUACGCAUCUUUCCAACCUGCACUUGAACCAGAGGAUUUUGAUGUCUGUCCGAUCCUUCUGACACAACCGGCCGACGACAAGUGGACGCCGCUGCACCUAAGUGAGUUGGUUUUGUCCCGCGUGAAAAAAGUCCCGGUUGAGACAGUCGAGCUUGAAAAUGCUGGCCACUAUCCACUGGAAGAUCCGGGACUUCAGCAAAUGGCGGAAGCCAUCAUCAAAUUCCUUCGCCAAGUAUCAUCGUAG